UAUUUUUACGACACCAUAUUUAUGAUAUUGUCCAAAACGAGGUUAUCACACGGUAUAUAAGUUGUGUGGUCAGUGGUUUAGUGUGUCACAGUGUGUGUGUGUGACUGUGUAAAAGUGUAAGAGACGAGCAGCGGGAUUUUUCAUCCUUGUUGCUGUUAUUGCGGCUUUUCGGAUCACAUUGCGACAGAAGACACAGAGAACCAUGCACGACUUUCCCAUCCUCUUUACGGCCGUGUGUUCGGCUAUUUUACUGAGUAAUGCCCCUGGGUUUAGAGCUGAGACUCACAAUGAUUUCCUCCAGGAUAUUUUUGCGGUUUACGGUCAGAACCGGUUAUUAGACAUUAACGGGAUUAACACUUUACUGGAAACUGUUUCUCAGGGAAAGCCGGCGGCGCUGGACACAUUCACUGCGCAUGCGCAGUGUGGAUCUGCAGAGGUGAUACUUGCUGUCUACGGUCUCAGCAACCUGACCCACCUGGACAAGGGCCACCUGAGGACCAUUUGCCCUGCCCUCCUAAACAGAGCACUGCUGCCCCCCUGUCCUCAAUCAGCAGCUGAGACUAAAAAGCACAUUGAGGAUCAUGUAUGGGGUUAUGGUUUCCUGGCUGUUACCAUCAUCAACCUCGCUUCCCUCCUGGGUCUCAUCCUCAUCCCCUUCACCAAGAAACCCUACUUCCCUAAAGUGCUCACGUACUUCAUCGGGCUGGCCAUCGGGACGCUGUUCUCCAACGCUGUGCUGCAGCUCAUACCUGAGGCUCUGGGGUUUGACCCGAAAUUAGAUAACUACGUUCUGAACGCUAUCGGGAUCUUCGGUGGAUUUUAUCUGCUGUUUUUCACUGAGAAGGUCCUGAAGAUGGUCCUAAAGACCGACCAAGAGAAUGGCCACAGUCACUUCAGUCCUCCCGAGGUUGUUCAGAACGGAGGAGCCGUCAUAGCCAUCACCAGCUUCAGCAUCUCAAACAGCGACAAGAGCAGCAUAACUUCAGAAGCUACAGUGGAACAGACGCUGCCGUCUCGGGGUUUCUGUGCGAGGCUGGCGAGCGUGAAGACGCUGGCAUGGAUGAUCACGCUCAGCGACGCUCUUCACAACUUCAUCGACGGCCUGGCCAUCGGAGCCUCCUUCACCGUCUCCGUCCUCACCGGCUUCAGCACCUCCAUCGCCAUCGUGUGUGAGGAGUUCCCUCAUGAGCUCGGUGACUUUGUGAUCCUGCUGAACUCAGGGAUGAGCAUCAGACAGGCCAUAAUGUUUAACCUGAUCUCAGCCAUGUCGUGUUACGUGGGCAUGGUGCUCGGGGUCCUGGUGGGCAGCACAUUCGCACCUAAUGUCAUAUUUGCCCUCGCUGGAGGGAUGUUUCUCUACAUCGCCCUCGCUGAUAUGUUCCCUGAGAUGAAUGCCAUCGCUAAGGAGCAUCAGCAGAGCAUCAAAACAAACAUGGUGUUCUUCCUCAUCCAGAACAUUGGGCUCCUCAGCGGGUUCUCAAUCAUCUUCCUCAUCACCAUGUUCGCUGGAGAUAUUAACCUGGGCUGAGCCUUCAACUCCACAACACUGUGUGCCUGUCCUUAACAAAAAGAACACAAAAGCAAUACUGAUUGUAACGAUACACUAGAACUGAUCAUGAACUAACAUUUUUGUACAGCAAAUAGAUUCCUCAGCAUGAGCCUAUUUUUAAUAACCAAAAUGUGAAGUCUAAAGAUUAUUCACUUUUUUUGUAUAUUGUUUUAAUCAAUAGUAAAAUCUGUUGUCUAAUUUGAA